ACUGUCGCCUUCCUUUAAAACUCCCAUUCCAGUGAUUGUACUCUCCUCAUCCUUCCUCGCCUCGCCGCCAGAGUCUCAUUUCUUGGUAACCAGCAGUGUCUCUUGUCGAACGACCACUUGCACAGCUCCUCCUCGACAACCGACCGACACGACUAGGCGACUACUACCACCAGUCACUCAUCACUACUAGUCACCAACCCACUCCAGCACGCGCCUCGCCACGCCCACGCCACACCAUCUUCCUCCCACCCACAACCCAGCACAAUGCUCCUGCGCCUCCUCCCAGUCCCCUCGGCCUCGCAGCCUUGCCCCCCGACCAUCCUCUUCACCCUCCCCCUCCCCACCAACCCAUACACCUCCCGCGCCCUACCCCUGCCCCCAAACCUCCUCGCCCACCGCAGCCUCUGCCUCCAGGAAGACAUUGACUGCACCAAUGUCCUCCUCGGCGACAAGGCCAGCUGGGUCUGGGGCGUCGUCGACGACGUGACCUUCUCUCUGCCCCAGUCGGCCAUCAUUGUCCACCUCGUCGACGGCUCGACAAUCACCCUCGACCUCGAGGCCGAGUGCAUCGCCACGCUCCACCGCGUCGUCAACGAGGUCCAGCUCUCGUUCGCCGCCGCCGCCGCGCCCCCUCCCCCACCAGCACCAGCAGCGACCGUGUCCCCUGCUGACUCACCGCGCACGAGCAUGAGCUCGGACGCCUCGUCGUCUUCCCUGUCGCCCGCUUCCGCGGCCGCAGGCCCUUCUGGCUCGCGCCGCUCCCCUUCCUCCCUUCUCUUCUCGCUCCUCUCGCCCCUCCUCCCCACUGGCUCGCCCAACCCAGGCCGUACCCAGCCCCCGGCUCACGUCGCCGUCCACCAGCAGCCCGCUCGCGCUCACAGGCGCCAGGCGCGGUCACUGCUUGUCGACGCGUACCGCCGUCACGUCCUCCCUGCCCUCAAGGAGCGCGUUCCCAGCGCCUACCUCCUCUGGGCGAUCCAGAGCGAGACGGCGGCCAAGAUGGACGAGUACGCAAAGCUCCGUGACGAGAUCAACGCGGUUCUUGAGGCCUCGGGCAUCAACCUCGACCAGCAGCGCCCUGCCGCUGUCCCUCUCCAGCGCUGCAACUCGAACCAGACGACCACGACGACCUCGAGCUUUGACUCGCCAGAGUCUUCCGACUUUGAGUGCGAGGAGCUUGGCGGCAUGUCGUCUCCUCAGAGCUUCCUCCUCGCCAUCCCCCCUGCCCACGCCAUUCCCUCCAAGCAUCGCGCCGUCUACAGCACGCAGCUUACCCGCCUGACGCAGCUUGCGAGCCGCGUCGGAAGCAUUGUCAAGCUUGCUGGCCGUUACGAGCGCGAGGAGGGCAAGCGCAAGUGGCUCGAGGAGCUCGAGCUUCAGCGUGACGCCGAGAAGGCUUGCCGCCGCGCCUUCUCCAACGGCCUCCUUCCCCGCAGCAGCACGCUCAACGCGCUGCCUAUCCGCCGCUCGGGCCUCUGCCACUCGAUCACCGCCGACGACAUUACUCGCGCCGCCGAGCCCAAGUCGGUGUCUGCCCUCAGCACGAUCGAGGACCUCGACGAGCUCCUCGGCGACGACAUGUCCGAGCCUGACCUGUCCGACGACAACCGCUCGCUCCGCUCAAUGUCUCCCGAGCCCAUCCUCCGUACUCCUACGGCUUGCAGCAUGACCACUGUUGUCUUCGCCUCAUCCGACGGCGACUCGUGCUCGUCGUGCUCGGACUGCUCGGACGACAGCGCCUCGUCGCCUCCCGCCCGCGAGAACCGCAAGGUCAAGUUCGCCGACGACGACGACACUCCCCACCUCAUCCCUUCCCGCUCUGACGACUCGCUGAGCGAGCGCGACGACUGGGAGCCGGACAGCGACGACCAGGACGAGCAGCCCGCUCUCCCUUCCCUCACUCCCGUUUGGGACGCAAAGCACCUGCCCCCGCUCCCCGCACCUCCUACCUGGAGCUCGCUCGAGGUCUUCUAAGUCUCUUGCCUCUAUCGACACCCAUCUACAUAAAAGGGACAACGACCCAUCUGCCGCAGGACGGCACGCACACGGACAGUGCCACUCUCUCUUUCAUCUCAAGGGACCUCUCUGAACAAUGUUUCCUCAUGGCAAGCACCCCCUUUCCUUUCUCGACGAGCCUGGACUGCUCGAAACAGACACACCAACGGACGCUAUCUUGCACCUAGUGUACAAACACACCCACCAACACACACACACUCAUCCACGAACUCUCACGCAAUUCCCGGCGGCCAAGCCGCACGCACGCACGUAGCAUUGGUUGGAGCGCGGGUCGAGCCACAGUUGGCUCGCCCUGCAGCACCCCCACCACCAGUAGGCGCAACACGCGCAGCCCAUAGAAUC